AUGGAGGUGUGGUGGCUCGGGUGGUGCCUGGUACAGCAUCACUACCUAAAAGCCACGGCUUGCGUCUCAGACGCUCGUCUCCCAUCAACAAGUAGUAUGCCCAGAACGGUCUGGAAGCAAACGGACCCGCGCCUCAAAGAUGACCCCCAGUGGAACAACCCCUCCUACCUCCGGGCCUGCGCCGAAGAAGCCCACUACGAGCCCCAACGCAACGCCUUCCACAUCCCCCUCUACAUCCACCCCGCUUCCCCCACCGACGCCGCCCGCCGCCUCGACUUCCGCGACCACUUCAACAGAAACGUGGCUCGGCGACUCGAUCAGCUGAGCCCGGACGACGGCCGCGCUUUCUGCUGGAAGGACUGCGCUAUCUACGGCAACGGCGGGCUGACGGGAAAGGACCAUGUCGCACUGCUGGAUGACGUUUACCGGGAGUGGUUCCCGCACCGGGCGCAGGACAAGGAUGAGAUCGUGCGCUUCCACGCGGCGCUGUGUGAGAAGUUGUGCGAGCUGGAGAAGGAGAUACCGGACACGAAACCGGUCGAUCCGUGUGAAGUCCGGCCUGGCCAGGCUCGGUCAGUGGCGGAGUAUAAGCUGAGGGAGACGUUUUCGAUGGCCUUCAUCGUGCUGGAUACUGGGUGGCAGGAGCGCGGUGUUCUGCUUGCCUGGAGGAGCGAGGAUCUUGCGUCGAGAUACAGUUGCGAGGAAGGUGGAGAAAUAACUGGAUACGAUGGCAGCGAUGGCGGUGACUUGGGCCAAACGUGUGUGUUCCGGUGCCCACUCAAGCGCGCGAUGCAACUUAUCGUCUCGACGGACCCGGAGAGGGCUAAGCGACGGGCAGAAUACAACGAGAUGUUGGAGGAGACACUUGGUGAAGACGAUGGCGCGACGACGACGACGACCAGGAGUAGCCUUUCAACCGAGGCUGCUACUUCUCUCCGAGCAGUCUUCAAUUCUAGAUUUAAUCCGUCGGCUGAGCUUCUAUCGAGGUCGCGUUUAGACCCCGAUCCCAACUCCUCCGCGCUGAGCCUCUACAUCCUUUGCGAAUACAGCGAAAUUCACUAUUCGAUACGAGAAUAA